AUGACCACUUCCAGGCUGUCAACUGUCGACCCUCUGCCGAAAUCGCAAGCGGUGACCGCCUUCACCCAUUCUCUUGCGUACCCCUUGCGCCAUCGCCAGGACCUUUUGGACGCGGCAGAACGUAACGAGCGACGUACAGUGCAUAGCCAAGCGCCGGAAGGUGCAGCCGAAAUGGAGGCCAAAGGUGAGUAA